UCCUAACCCAAGCUUAUAGGAGGGGAGGGGGAAGGCAGGAGGCGGGCUCGGGUCUCCCCGGGUGCUUUAUUUGCAAAGCCGAGCCCGCGGGGCUCCGCCCGUCCCCCCGAAGGGAAAGCGACCUUCCUCUGGGUGCAGAAUUCAACCAGCCGCUGCUGCCCGCCUGAAAUUGACGCGACCUAGCUGGCUUACAGCCCAAUGGUCAAUUUGACCGGCAGCUUCGCUGCUGCGUCUGCCCGAGCUCCCGGGGCGGGCGGGCGAGGUGGAUGGAGACGCCGAUCGGGGACGAUCGCCCCAGCUCCGCCCGGAGAAGGCGAGCAGGAAGCCCGGAUUAUUAUGGGUUUGGAGGAGAGCUGCUGAACAGCACCGGGGUGGCAGCGACGGCGGCGGCGGCGGCUUUCCCUUGGCCAGCCCUGCGCUCCUCCACCUGCCGCCUCUUUUCUUCUUCUUCUUCUUCCUCCUCCUCCUCCUCCUCCUCUUCCUCUCCUAGCCCCCCUCCCCGGGCCUGGAUCGCCCCCCCUCUCCUCCCUCCCCAUCGCCCCCGCCGUCUUUCUCCUCGCCUGGCUCCCUUAGAAACGAUGAACGGAAAACCAUGAUGCUGGAGAGCCAGAGCUCAACUCAGGAGAUUGGAGAAGAAUUUGAAGAUAGCGUGAUUUACAGUAUUUCUCUCCGGAAAGUUCAGCUCCAUCACACAGCCAACAAAGGCCAGCGAUGGCUGGGCUUUGAGAACGAGUCGGCCUUGAACCUCUACGAGACGUGCAAAGUGCGGACGAUCAAAGCCGGCACCCUGGAGAAGUUGGUGGAAUACCUGGUCUCGGCGUUCAAAGGCAACGAUUCCACCUACGUGACGAUUUUCCUCUGUACCUACCGGGCGUUUGCGACCACGAAGCAGGUCCUAGAUCUUCUGCUCAACCGCUAUGGGAAGUUCAACCACCAAGCCAAUGGAGAUCACCCCAGGCACGCUGUGGAUGAGAAGCUGGAGUUGAAAAACACCAUUUCAUCCAUCCUGGGAGCCUGGCUUGAUCAAUACUCCGAAGACUUCCGUAAACCGCCGGAUUACACCUGCCUUAAGCAGCUGAUCAUUUACGUCCGGCUUAAUAUCCCCGGCUCGGAUUUGGAGAGGCGAGCGCGAAUCCUCUUCACUCAGUUCCAGCAACAAGAGCGGGCCGAGGCUGAAACGGAAGAUCAUCCCAGUUGCCCUCUGAGGUUGGAGGAUGAGAACGGCCUGAGCGAAGGCAAGUCGGAGUUCUUGUCCUUUUCUCCGGAGAUGGCGGCUGAGCAGUUCACCCUGAUGGAUGCUGAGCUCUUUAAGAAAGUGGUGCCUUAUCACUGCCUCGGUUGCAUCUGGUCUCAGCGGGACAAGAAGGGGAAGGAACAUUUGGCCCCCAGCAUCCGGGCCACCGUCUCCCAGUUCAACAGUGUCACGAAUUGCGUCAUCGCCACCUGCCUCGGGGACAGGAUGCUGAAGCCCCAGCAGAGAGCCAAAGUGGUGGAGCGAUGGAUCGAAGUCGCCCGGGAAUGCCGCAUCCUGAAGAACUUCUCCUCCCUCCGAGCCAUCCUUUCUGCCCUCCAGUGCAACGCAGUUCACCGGUUGAAAAAGACCUGGGACGAGGUGUCGCGGGAGAGCUGCCGCAUGUUCCACGAAUUAUCCGAAAUCUUUUCGGACGAGAACAAUCACUCCUUGAGCCGGGAGCUGCUGAUUAAGGAAGGGACCUCCAAGUUUGCCACGCUGGAGAUCAACCCCAAAAGAGCUCAGAAGCGCCUGCAGCAGCAACGAGAAAUGGGUGUAAUGCAAGGCACCAUUCCUUACCUGGGCACUUUCUUGACCGACCUGGUGAUGCUGGACACGGCCAUGAAGGAUUAUUUAGAGGGAGGCCUGAUCAACUUUGAGAAAAGGAGGAAGGAGUUCGAAGUCAUCGCCCAGAUCAAGUUGCUUCAGUCGGCUUGUAAUAAUUACAGCUUCAAGAAGGACGAUCGGUUCGGGACUUGGUUUCACAGCGUGGAACGCCUCAGCGAAGCCGAGAGCUACGGCCUUUCGUGCGAGAUCGAACCCUUGUCGGAAUCGGCCAGCAACACACUGAAAGCCAAGAAGAACACGGGCAUCAUUAAGCGGUGGAGCGACCGACAGGCCCCCAGUACCGAUUCCUGUGCCAGCGGCAGCUCUCACUCCAAGUCCUUUGACCAGUUGAAGUGCGGGCCGUAUCUCUGCAGCAGUGAUGGGGCCGAUUCGGUCAGCAUCACCUCGGCGGGUUCCAGCAGCUCCGACGUGGAAGAGAUCAACAUCAGCUACAUUCCUGAUUCGCCCGAGGUUCAAGAGAAGAAGGUACAGGACCACGGCUCGCUGGGAUCCACUCGUGCCCAGGGGGUCAGGCGGCAGUUUUGGGAAUCUACCUCAUUGUCCUCCUUGGAUACGUCGGGUGUCGGGUCAAGUUCCAGCAGCGCUUCGUCGUCGUCCGUCUCCUCCACGCCGGUGACCGUGUCCCGUACGCACAAACGCUCCGUCUCGGGAAUUUCCAGCUAUUCCUCUCUCUCGUUGCCUCUUUAUAACCAGCAGAUCGAUGAUUGUUGUAUCAUCCGAGUCAGCUUGGCGGUGGAUAACGGAAACAUGUAUAAAAGUAUUUUGGUGACGAGCCAGGAUAAAACCCCGGUGGUGAUUCGGAAAGCGAUGGCCAAACACAACCUGGACGGGGAUCGGCCGGAAGAUUAUGAACUCAUCCAGAUCAUCUCCGAAGAGAGAGAGCUCAAAAUUCCCGACAACGCCAACGUCUUCUACGCCAUGAACUCGGCCGCCAAUUACGACUUCAUGCUCAAGAAGCGAGGCUUCUCCAAAGUGAUCAAAAUCAAGCACGGCUCCAGCUCCACGCUCCCCAGGGUGAAACAGAAAGGAUUGAAAAUCGCCAAAGGCAUCUUCUAACCGAGGGGUGGGGGGGAAAGGGUGGGGGGGGGGGGGUCUCCGUGUCCCCCCCUCCCACUGACUCUCCAGGUUGUCGUCCUGCCCCCCCACCACCACGGGCCCUUCUGUCUUAAGCCACACUGGGGCGUCUGUAUAUGUGAGACGAUGACGCCUCUAGUUACCUAAGCCUCGGAUUUUCGCCCGGGAAUUUAGGAACAUUGGUGAGAUCUUCAAGAAAUUGGUGGCUCCUUCUCAACCAAGCUUCUGCAGACUUCUGAGCGUGUGGGAUGUGUCGGCAGAAGUUGCCUUUAAAAAGAUGUGUAUUGCUGGGGGGUUUCUUCCUCCCCCCCAACUCCGAUCCGGGGAGGAUUUUUAGCCUUUAAAAAAAACAAAACAAACCCGAAAAUAUAAAAAUACAAAAUUCACCUCUCUCAAGGUCUAAAGGACUCCACAGCCUGUGGCUGCGUGAACUUCCCCGUCCACCGUUUCUGCCUUAUCUUCUGUUGACCAACAAAGACUGGCGACUUCGACAACUUCUGAAAGGUUUUUUUUUUUCCCCACCGUGGACGUACCGGAAGAGCAAAGGAUGUGGAAUCGGGAGUGGUUCCCCCCCGUUUCCGUAUCGCGAGGAAGACUCGACACUCGACACUUUCGUGGCCCGGGAAAGUGGAAUUUCCUGUGGGAAUUGGAGAAGGGAUAUAUAUGUGUGUGUGUGUGGCUGAAGAUGGCCUUUUAGGAUGCCAGACCAAGCCACCAGAUCAUUAACUUCUCCAUUUUUUUAUUUUUUAUUAUUAUUAUUAUUAAUAUCUGGCCUUUUUAUUUUCUUUUAAGAAGAACCUGCACCAAAGAUCUUAACAGCACUGGUUGUUUUGUUUUUCUGUUGUUGUUUUUUUUCAGUCGUCAAAUCUCUCGGCUGACACACUAGGAGUAAAACAAAAAACAAAAAACACUUAGCUUUUGUACAGACGCGUGUAAAUAAAAUUUGUGGAUUGGACGAAGAAUCGGGGCGAGGGACGAACCGAGAGCUCUAAAGUGUGAGGCCAUUCCUCACCCUCCCCCCUUCACCCCAAUAUGGGGCUCCUGACCCCAAUGGACAGGUACCACUUUUGUGUUGACACGGACUUCAGCCCUGACUACGAAGUAGCUUCUGUGACUGAUUUUUUUUUCUUUUUUGUAAAAAACAAAACAAAAAACAAGCCUCGACGAGAAUCGACCCCGCUUUUCCUGAAUUUACUAAUUCCCUCGAUAUUUAUUGUUUGUAAAUAGCCCGGUUGGAUUUAUACAUUUUACUAACCCUGUCUUUAAAAAGUCCGUGACGUUCCCUUUUAUUUUCUGUUUUUUUUUUUUUUUUAAAGGGUUUUGUGGAGGGGCGAGGGAAAUUUUAGGUGUGAAAGGAAGGGUGAAGCAGAAACUCCAGUUUUAACAUCUCGGGUUGUUUCCGAGAGCUUUGUGGUUUGAGUGCAAAGAGCUUGGAGGAAUUCAGGCAAGGAGAGAGAGAGAUAAAGCUCCCCCAAAUGCAUCAAGGCUUAAUAAAUUCAUCCUUAAAACUUCAAAACAACAACAACAAAACCCAUAAGGAUAAACUGGCUUCUUUCGCAGCCCAGAAUUCAGUGCCCAGAGGCAGCUUAGGAGGGAGAUGUAUUUAACUGAGGAGAGGGCAUUGCUCGCCCCUCCUUCCCCGAUGCCUCAAAGCCACGCAGGGAAAUCUGAAUUUUUGCAGUUUCAUGGAUUCUUGUUUCUUGGCAGAGAAUCCUCAAUUCGAAUCGAAAGGCGACGUCAAACGCCGGUGGCUCCAUUGGGCCACGGAAAUCUCCAGUUUCCAAGCCACGUGCCAAGAACCUGGAUGGGGCAGCAUCUUCUCCGCUGAAUCUUCUCUUUUGGGAUCCCCAAAAGAUUUGGGGACUCUCCUCUUUUGGGAUCCCCAAAAGAUUUGGCAAUCUUCUCUUUUGGGAUCCCCAAAAGAUUUGGCAAUCUUCUCUUUUGGGGAUCCCCAAAAGAGGGGGGUACCCCACUGCUUUUUCGAGCCUGUUUAACAGGAAGAUACUUAAAGACCCCCUCAAGAAAAACCAACCCACCCACCCACUAACACCGGUGGAUUUUUCCACCACCACCCCACCUCUGCCUAUGAAGGAAAGGAUCGUCUUCCUGAAGGCAGAGGCGAAGUUCCUCCUCGCCUCCCAUCUUUUUCCACACACCCACCACCAUCUUUUCCACCCCCUUCCCAACUUUUUCUAGGAUCCUCAUCGGAUGCUUUUUAUGAAUUCCUGCGCCCUAAGAAGGCAACGCUGAUUUUUCUAGUCUCGCUUGUUUUACAGUUUCCCUGGUGGGCAGGGGGUGUGCGGAAUUGGUGGCCUCCUGUUCAGCUGCUUGGCUGGGAGGAAGGAAGGGGGCUUAAGGGGUCCUUUUCUACCUGGAGGCCACCUUCUCUCUGUUGAUCGGCCAGGUGAAUGCUUUCUGCCCCCCUCCGCUUCCCCAAAUUGGCAAGGAUUUGCCUUCCUUGGGACAACACGCCGUCCCUUGACCAUACCGAGAUGCUAUUAAGGGGGUAUCGGGCUUUAUAAUUCUUGCCUAAAUAUUUUUAGCCUUCUCUCUCCCCCCACCCCCCUUUUUGCUGGGGGUUGGUGUCAGGAGGCUUGUCUCCAGCCAAUUCCACAACCAGUGUGCGAGUGAGCUGUCUAGGCGAGGUCAAAUUUUGUACCUAUUUCUGUGAAGUAGCACACUAAUGCUGAUGUAAGUAGCCUUUUCAAUUAAAAGAGAAACCGGUCCUAU